AUGGUGGUCCAGAAGAAGGACCUCCUGCAGGAGGACAUAGCCAUCGCCAACCAUGCCGAGCUGAAGCCCAUCAGCCGGGUGUGGGAGAGCACGGGGCACGAGUACGACGAGGGCCUGCUGCGCACCGCGCUGCUGCAGCGCCAGCAGGCCGAGCUGCGGGCGGCGCAGCGGGAGGGGUGGGUGCCGCCGCCGGCGCGCCUGCACACCCUGCUGCCCUCCUUUGCGCCCCCGGAGGGCAAGGAGGAGCAGGAGCAGCCCGACACAGGCACGCUGUCCACAGCCACCAGCGGCGGGCUGGCCGCGAUGGACGCCGACGACGACGCUGCGGCGGCUGCGGCGGCGGCCAGCCAGGAGGAGCAUGGCGCGGCGGCGGCCGCCGCCGCCGCUGCCCGCCUGCUGCGCCGCCAGCAGCGGCACGCGGAGAAGGAGCGGCGGCGGCAGCAGCUGCUGCGGGAGAAGCAGGAGGCCAAGGCGCGGGCGCGGGCCGAGGCGCGGCGCCGCUUUGCCGACCAGCAGCAGCGCUGGGAGGCGGCGGUGGCGGACAAGCGGCAGCAAGUUGCGGACCUGCAGCAGCAGGCUGGCGAGGCGGAGGAGGCGACGCGUGGCGCCGAGGAGCGCAUGCGUGACCUGGAGGAGCGCAAGCACGCCAUGUUUCUGAAGCUGAAGAAAGCGCUGGACGAGGAGGCGGCGGAGAAGCGGCGGCGGCAGCAGCUGGCGGCGAUGGAGGAGGGGGAGGUGGCCACGUCGCCGGCGCCGCGCGCGCAGCUGGCGCCGCCCCCCGCCGUGCCGGCCACCAGCGCCGGCAGCGGCAUGCGCUCGCCCGCUUACCCGCAGCAUGGCGGCAUGCCGGGCUUUGGGCUGCCGCCGGGGAGGGCGGGCGGGCCGGGGCCCUCGCCGCUGCUGGGGCCCGACCAUGCGGCAGCGCCGCUGCAGCCGCCAGGUGGCGGCCCCGGCGGUUACGGCAGCGGCUUCUACGGCGGCGGCGGCGGCGGCGGCGGCGUGUGGGAGGACAGCCGCAGCCGGGACGGCUGGGGCGUGGGCGGCGCGGGCAGCGCGGCCAGCACGCCCCGUGGGCCCCGCGACAUGCUGCCGCCCGCGCUGCUGGCGGGCGGCGGCGGCGAGUUUGGCGGCGCGCGGCCGCGCGACGGCUGGGGCGGCGGGCCGGGCGGUGGCGGCGGGCCCAGGGACUGGCUGCCGCGGCGCGGCGCCAGCUUUGAGGAGCGCAGGCCGCCGCCGCGGGAAUACCCUCGGGAGGGGCCCGGGCUGAGCCGGGAGCCCAGCGGGCGGGACGGCGGCGCCACCAGGGACGGGCUGGGCGGGCCCAUGCUCGGCCGCGAGUUCAGCGGCAGGGACGGCGGCAGGGAGGGGCCGGCGCCGGGCGGCCCGCCGCUGGGGCGAGAGCUCAGCAUGGGCGGCGGCGGUGGCGGCAGGGACUUUGGCCCCGGCGGCGGCGGCGGCGGCUGGGAGGGCCCGCCCCGCUUCGGCCCCACGGGCAUCGCAGGCGGGCGCAUCGGCAGCGGGCGGGCGCCGCCGUUUGACGAGCGGGAACGACUGAGGCUGCAGCAGCGAGAGGGCGGCGCCCAGCCGCCGCACGACCCCAUGCCCGACCGGCCGUACGGCGGCGGCGGCGCGGGCGGCAGCAGGGACGGGUGGGAGCCUGGCGUCGGCGGCAGCCGGGACGGCUUUGCCAGCCGAGGCGACAGCUGGGACGGCUUUGGCGGAAGGGGCGACGGCAGGGACGGCUUUGGCGGGCCGCCCAGCUUUGGCGGCGGCGGCGGCGGCAGCCGGGACGGCUUCCCGGCCGGCUUUGGAAGGGGUGGCAGAGGGCCGGGCGGCUGGGGCCCAGGCGGCGGCAGGGAGGGCAGCAGGGGCAGCUUUGAUGAUGGGAGGGGCGGCCGCGGCGGCUCUGGCAGCGCUUAUCGAGAGCCGCCGAGGGGGCGGUAG